AUGCGUGAUGACCCGAAUCUUUUUCACUUUCAGCUUGCUGCUCCUUCCUAUCAAAUCAGAUUUCGCAGUGCGGGAGACUCUGACGAACACGACUUUCGACAAGCUCUUCGCGCGCUGAAUGAUCGUAUAAAAGGACCUUAUUUCUCCGGACCGGAACUUUCGCUCGCUGAUUUGGUUCUUCUUCCUCACCUCAAUCGUGUGGAAGCUACGUUGGCUUUUGCUGCUGGACUGGAACCAAGCAAAGUAACAGAUUUCGAGCGAGACGACGCUAGACUUGCCGACUGUCCUAAACUGUUGGCAUACAUUUUGAACUUACGACAGCAAUCGUUCGUGUUGGGAGUUCGCGAACCGAGUCAAGCGUUAGCCAAGUACGCCGCCACAAUCCGCGCUGGCAAUCCAAACCCGGAUCUAUAA